CACUCGCUCUCCGUCUCUCUGCUGCACUGAGACUGCUGUGGGGAGCAUGUCCACUGACUGUGUGAGGUCACUCUCAGACAAAGCCAUGCACGAACAUCUCUAUGGGAACGCUGAAAUGGACAAUCAGAAGCACAACUCCAAGGAACAUCAGCAGGACAAACCGGGACAGAAGAAACCCCGCAGGAAAGACACUCCCGUACUCAGCAGCCCUCCACUCAUACCAGGCGUGAGAUUGAUGAAGACAGAGGCUCGAAUGAUUCAUCAGGAGGAUGAGGAGAAGGAGAUGAAGAAGUAG